AUGGAAACUGCCGCAGCAUACGCGGUGGUCGAUUGGUUUCAUGGCCUGGCAAAUAGUUCGAUGACCGAUGCUGAACGUGCAAGCUUGUCGCCUGGUUCUGACGAAUAUCGCUGGCGCGUCGGUGGCUCAAAGGUCCAGCCGGCUGUGGCCAAGUUACACAUCUACUUUACAGUGAUCUUGAACGUGGUCACAGAUGUUGAACUGAUGAGCAUUCCUAUCCCAAUGCUGGCGAAAGCGAAGAUGCGCUGGCUAGAAAAGACAAGAUUAUUAAUCAUCUUCAGCGGAGGUAUAUUUGUCAUGACUGCUGGAAUUUUACGAUGUGUUUUAAUUUUGACAGGAGGAUCUAAAAGUGCUGCCGAAGGCGCUGCCUGGGCACGACGCGAGUCCUUUGUCGCAGUCGCAGUCGGAAACUUUCCCAUGAUCUACCCUCUGAUGCGCCGUAUCGCUCGCAAGGCUGGGCUAAUCGUGAGCCAAGGCAGUUCCCGCGAUUACCCCAAAAACACACAAUCGCAUAGCGCUCUGCAGUCCACGAAUCGCAAGAGGUCCAGUAUCCCACUUGUGUCUCGGAAGAAUAACGAGUGGAACACGAUUGACGACGAGCUUGCCAGCAUCGAUACUGGCCGGAAAGAACCUGCGACACGCGUGACUGCCAGUAGUAACUGGGAUAAGUGCGAUACAAAUGGUCGGCCCACUGGAAUUCAGGUUGUUUCAGAGACGAUAAUCGAGAGAUCGGGCUAA